CUCCUUCUCCCUUUCCAUUUCUCUCCUCCCCUUUUCUCCUUACCCCCUCCCCCUUCAAGUCCUGCGGACCUGGGGGCUUCGGGAUCUGGGCGCUAUGAAAAGUGUCUGCCCAGUCACUUCCGGUUUUUCUUCCCCCAAUCCCUCAGCUGCUGCUGCUGCUCAGGAGGUCAGAUCUGUUACUGAUGGUAAUACUAGCACCACUCCGCCCACCUCUGCCAAGAAGAGAAAGUUAAACAGCAGCAGCAGCAGUAACAGUAGUAACGAGAGAGAAGACUUUGAUUCCACCUCUUCCUCCUCUUCCACUCCUCCUUUACAACCCAGGGAUUCGGCAUCCCCUUCAACCCCAUCCUUCUGCCUGGGGGUUUCAGUGGCUGCUUCCAGCCACGUACCGGUACAGAAGAAGCUGCGUUUUGAAGACACCCUGGAGUUUGUAGGGUUUGAUGCGAAGAUGGCUGAGGAAUCCUCCUCCUCCUCCUCUUCAUCUUCACCAACUGCUGCAACAUCUCAGCAGCAGCAGCAACUUAAAAAUAAGAGUAUAUUAAUCUCUUCUGUGGCUUCGGUGCAUCAUGCAAACGGCCUGGCCAAAUCUUCUACCACCGUCUCUAGCUUUGCUAACAGCAAGCCUGGCUCUGCUAAGAAGUUAGUGAUCAAGAACUUUAAAGAUAAGCCUAAAUUACCAGAAAACUACACAGAUGAAACAUGGCAGAAACUGAAAGAAGCAGUGGAAGCUAUCCAGAAUAGUACUUCAAUUAAGUACAAUUUAGAAGAACUCUACCAGGCUGUAGAAAAUCUUUGUUCUUACAAGAUUUCUGCAAACUUGUACAAACAGCUGAGACAGAUUUGUGAAGAUCACAUCAAAGCACAGAUUCAUCAAUUCAGAGAGGAUUCAUUGGAUAGUGUUCUUUUUCUAAAGAAAAUUGAUAAAUGCUGGCAAAAUCAUUGCAGACAAAUGAUCAUGAUCAGGAGCAUUUUUUUGUUCCUGGAUAGAACUUACGUUCUUCAGAAUUCAAUGCUACCCUCCAUUUGGGACAUGGGACUGGAGUUAUUUAGGGCUCAUAUUAUAAGUGAUCAGAAAGUCCAGAAUAAGACAAUUGAUGGGAUUCUUCUCUUGAUUGAGAGGGAAAGAAAUGGUGAAGCAAUUGAUAGAAGUUUACUCAGAAGCCUUUUAAGCAUGCUCUCUGAUUUGCAAAUUUAUCAAGAUUCUUUUGAACAACGAUUUUUAGAAGAAACUAACCGGCUCUAUGCUGCGGAAGGCCAAAAAUUAAUGCAAGAAAGAGAGGUUCCUGAGUAUCUUCAUCAUGUUAACAAACGUCUAGAAGAAGAAGCAGACAGACUUAUUACUUACUUAGAUCAGACCACCCAGAAGUCAUUAAUUGCUACUGUAGAAAAACAACUUCUAGGUGAACACUUAGCAGCAAUUCUUCAGAAAGGUUUAAAUAACCUCCUUGAUGAAAACCGAAUUCAAGAUUUAUCUCUCCUGUAUCAGCUCUUCAGUAGAGUUCGAGGUGGAGUUCAGGUUCUCUUGCAGCAGUGGAUUGAAUACAUCAAGGCAUUUGGCAGCACUAUUGUAAUUAAUCCUGAAAAAGAUAAAACCAUGGUUCAAGAAUUGCUGGAUUUUAAAGAUAAGGUUGACCAUAUAAUUGAUACCUGCUUUCUGAAAAAUGAAAAGUUUAUCAAUGCCAUGAAAGAAGCAUUUGAAACAUUCAUUAACAAAAGACCAAACAAACCUGCUGAACUUAUAGCUAAGUAUGUAGAUUCAAAGCUUCGCGCAGGCAACAAAGAAGCUACAGAUGAAGAACUUGAAAAAAUGUUGGAUAAAAUUAUGAUCAUAUUUAGAUUUAUCUAUGGCAAGGAUGUUUUUGAGGCCUUCUAUAAGAAAGAUUUAGCCAAGCGCUUGUUAGUUGGGAAGAGUGCAUCUGUAGAUGCUGAAAAAUCAAUGUUGUCCAAACUUAAACAUGAAUGUGGAGCUGCUUUCACCAGCAAACUUGAAGGAAUGUUUAAAGACAUGGAACUUUCUAAAGACAUCAUGAUUCAGUUCAAACAGUAUAUGCAGAACCAAAAUGUACCUGGAAAUAUUGAAUUAACUGUGAAUAUCCUGACAAUGGGUUAUUGGCCAACAUAUGUGCCUAUGGAAGUUCAUUUACCACCGGAGAUGGUAAAACUUCAGGAGAUUUUCAAGACAUUUUACCUAGGCAAACAUAGUGGUAGGAAACUUCAGUGGCAGUCAACCCUAGGACACUGUGUGCUAAAAGCAGAAUUUAAAGAGGGUAAAAAAGAACUCCAGGUCUCUCUUUUCCAAACACUGGUGCUGCUAAUGUUUAAUGAGGGAGAGGAGUUCAGUUUAGAAGAGAUCAAGCAGGCUACUGGAAUAGAGGAUGGAGAGUUAAGGAGAACACUGCAGUCAUUGGCCUGUGGCAAAGCUAGAGUCCUGGCAAAAAAUCCAAAGGGCAAAGAUAUUGAAGAUGGUGAUAAGUUCAUUUGUAAUGAUGAUUUUAAACACAAACUUUUCAGGAUAAAGAUCAAUCAAAUCCAGAUGAAAGAAACGGUGGAGGAACAAGCAAGCACUACAGAAAGAGUAUUUCAAGACAGACAGUAUCAAAUUGAUGCUGCAAUUGUUCGAAUUAUGAAGAUGAGAAAGACACUUAGCCACAAUCUCCUUGUUUCAGAAGUAUACAACCAGUUGAAGUUUCCAGUAAAGCCUGCUGAUCUUAAGAAGAGAAUAGAAUCCUUAAUUGACCGGGACUACAUGGAAAGAGAUAAAGAAAAUCCAAAUCAGUACAACUAUAUUGCAUAAAAUGUUGGCCUUGGAGCAUUUGGUGUCAUAUGCAGUAGCCAGUGAAUAAACUAACCUGUUGAUCCUAUAUUAUUUGACUACUUUUAUACUACCAAUGACCAAAUGAAGCAGUGUAAUGGAAAUAGUUGCGUGGACUUUUUCAGUGGUUAACAUGCCUAUUUAAAGAGUAAUAUUUACCUUUACAAAGAAUGUUAUUGAACUCUUUGCAUGUUAUUUAGUAUGAUGUGGAGAAAACUCUUAAGAAAGUAUCUGGUCUUCAUGAUUCCUCUGGAACUGAGGAAGAAGUCCCUAUGGCUAUUAAAAAAGAUGUGUGGGGGGGAUUCUUAUACACGAUUAACUAUGAAGCAAAAGGUUUAUUUGCUUAAAAUAUCAUUUAAAGAUACUUAAACUGCAUGCAAACUUUAUUUACUGUACAGAGCUCUGGAUGUAUUUAUCAAAUAGAAAAACCACCCUUGGACUUGGUUGUUCACCUGUUUUGUGAUUUUCCCUUGAAAAGAAAAAUAAGUUGUCAUAGCUAUUGAUAUUUUACUAGUUAAUGUUCUGUUACACUGAAAGGGAUUUUUAAAAAAAAUUUAUUUGGAAGCAAGUUUUCAAGUAGAAGGACAGUUGUGUACAUGAUAUCUUAUAAAUACACAUCCUAAAAUUUUCCAUUUAUGAGUGUGGGAUGUGUGUAUAUGGCUUAGCCCUGAGUUUACUGUGAUUAUGAUUAACAGGUACUUGUAAAAAUAGCUGAAAUAGAAAAUUGCUGAUUAAUUUUACUAGAGGAACAUCAUAGGGGAGAAAAAUCCAACUCUUUCUUCAUAUUAAAAAUGAAUACAAUAAGAAGAUGCAAAGAGAACAAAAUUAAAAUGUUUUGUAAAUUAUUAUAGGAGCAAAUUCAUCAACUAGUUUUCAACUUAACUUAGACUCUAAAUUUGAACAGUUUGUCUUUAACUUGGACCAAUUGUAGAUUGUUACAGGCUUCCUAGGAUUUAGCAUUCCUGUUUUCUCUGCCAAAGUUUUUUGGAAGCAUCUCAACUCUCCUCUUUGUUGGCAAAUGAGCCUUUUUUAUCAUCCUUAUUCUAACUUCCUAAAACCAAGAUACAAAGAUUCUGUGUCAUACUGAGCCUCUUUACAAAAUUGCUUGAAGUUAAGAGUUCUCAAAUAGCCAGUGGACAACUGCUUUUCCAAGGAAUGUUCCGGGAUUGUUCAUACAUAGAAAAUAGCAAAAGUGUUGUUCUUCAGAUUGAUAAUUUGAGUACAGGGCUUCUCUCUACCAUCAAUGUUUUUGUUUGUUUUGUUUGCUUGUUUUCCCUUCAAGCUUUGAAGGGAAUUGAUCUUGCAGGAGAAGCAGAAAUUUUGGUUUUGUUUUUUGAAAAUCAGAACUAUAAUGCUUUUUGCAACUUUUUUUACUUGUCUAUGUAGAGCCAUUAGGAAGAACACCUAAGUCCUAACUUUCAACUGAGGAGACUUUUGACUCUUGUGUCUGCCAUUGAUUGUUUUCUUGAGUUCUCAAAGACCUCCUGUGGCCAGCCAUUUAAAAAAUGUUGCCUGUUUCUCUCUAAUUGCAUCUUCUUGUAUACUGUUGUCUAGCUAUAUGUGGUAUUUAGAAUUCCUUCCUAAUUCUUUUUGAGCAGCCAUUGCUACAUUUUCUCAGCUCCUCCCUGUUUUUCUUACAUGAACUCAUCUGACAAGGAAAUGCAGCUAUUUUGUGUCUCCCUUUAUACUGGACCAUCUACACCAGUGUUUUAACUCAUACCUGAUGGUCUUGGAAAUGUGUGAAGAAGACUCACUAGUUACUUGAAGCAAUUUUUAGAUAGAGUUGGUCCUGUUAGGAAAAGACUGUUGAUGUCACCUUCACUAUUUUGAAAGCAGGUUCCUUCCCUGAGGCUCUUGAUUUUUUUAAAUUUGAUGCUGUUUCAGCUGAAAAAUGGGCAAAACUAUUAAAAAAACAAGUUGAGGGGAGCUACUUAAGAAAUUGAAAAGUAAUUGCAAACAAUAUUAAAUAACUGUGACUUUCAGUUGUUGUUCUGUGUCACUUGAAUUUUUGUGCUCUUUUUCCCUGUGUAUGUGGUGGUUCUAUUUUUCUCCAAUAAAACUUUUAUUUAAAAAAA